AUGAGUGUCAGGGAUGGCGCUGCCACCAUGGCAACAAAUGCAGGUGGAGGAGGAGUGGGGGGAGGUGGGCUCUCUAGCCCUAAUCAUGAUGACCGCACAUACAUGCUUCAGAUCUACCCCCGACUGGUUUCCCCGACCUCCACCUACUGCACCCUCAUGGUGCAGAAGGAUGCAACAGCGGCCUCUGUGAUCUCAGAUGCUGCUGCGACUCUGAGGCUAGACCCCAGCCGCCUGUAUGUGCUGGCAGAGGUGAAGGAAUGUGGUGGAGAGGAGUGGGUGCUGGAAGCUGGAGACUUGCCGGUACAGAGGUUUCUGCUUUGGCCUCGAAAAGCCCAAGAACAACAUCCUCGUAGCCUGGGCUUUUACUUUUUACUACAGGAGCGGAAUCGUGAUGGAUCUAUCCAAUAUGUCCACCUCCCACCUUUGUCCAAGGAUCAAGAGGUACAACGGCUCGCUGACAGGGGCUUCCUUCCCCCUCCCCAGGAUGAUUUUGCAGACCUCUGCAACCUCCCCGUCCUCAGUGAGGACAGCAUAUUAAACAAUCUACGCACGCGCUUCCACAAGAAAAAAAUUUACACCUAUGCAGGCAGCAUCCUGAUCGCCAUCAACCCCUUUAAGUUCCUGCCCAUCUACAACCCGAAAUACGUCAAGAUGUAUGAGAACCACCAGCUGGGCAAACUGGAGCCUCAUAUUUUCGCUAUUGCAGAUGUGGCCUACUAUGCAAUGCUCAGGAAAAGGGUCAACCAGUGCAUUGUCAUCUCUGGGGAGAGCGGCUCGGGCAAGACCCAGAGUACCAACUUCCUGAUCCACUGUUUGACAGCACUCAGCCAGAAGGGCUAUGCCAGCGGGGUGGAGAGGACCAUUCUAGGGGCUGGACCCGUCUUAGAGGCCUUUGGUAAUGCUAAAACGGCCCACAACAACAACUCCAGUCGCUUUGGUAAAUUCAUCCAGGUUAAUUAUCUGGAGAGUGGAGUGGUCCGAGGGGCUGUGGUGGAGAAGUACCUCCUGGAGAAAUCUCGCCUUGUCUCCAGAGAGAAGAACGAAAGGAACUAUCAUGUGUUUUACUACCUGCUGUUGGGCGCUACAGCAGAAGAGAGGAAGGAGUAUAAACUGCUGCCACCUGAAGAUUUCUUAUACCUCAAGCAGGAAAAUUUUAAGAUUGAAGAUGAGGAAGAUUUGCGUCAUGAUUUUGAAAGGCUGCAGCAGGCCAUGGAGAUGGUUGGCUUCCUGCCAGCCACUAAGAAACAGAUCUUUUCUGUUCUUUCCGCAAUCCUUUAUCUCGGCAACGUGACCUACCAAAGGAAGUCAACGGGCCGAGACGAGGGUCUGGAGGUGGGGCCGCCAGAUGUCCUAACAACACUCUCAGACCUGCUGAAGGUCAAAGAAGAGCUGCUGGUUGAGGCGCUGACUAAGAGGAAAACUGUGACGGUCAACGACAAGCUGAUUCUCCCCUACAGCCAGUCUGAGGCUGUCACAGCUAGAGACUCCAUGGCCAAAUCUCUGUACAGCGCCCUGUUUGACUGGAUAGUGCUUCGCAUCAACCAUGCACUGCUCAACAAGAAAGACAUGGAGGAAUCUGUUCAAUGCUUGUCUAUUGGAGUCCUGGACAUUUUUGGCUUUGAAGACUUUCAGACCAACAGCUUCGAGCAGUUCUGCAUCAACUAUGCAAAUGAGCAGCUGCAGUAUUACUUCAAUAAUCACAUUUUUAAUCUGGAGCAGGAGGAGUACCAAGCUGAGGGAAUCACCUGGCAUAACAUCGACUACACAGACAAUGUGGGCUGCAUCCAUCUCAUCAACAAGAAGCCAACAGGCCUGUUGUACCUCUUAGAUGAGGAGAGCAACUUUCCACACGCCACCGAUAAGACCUUGUUAGCCAAGUUCAAGCAGCAGCACCAGGGGAACAAGUACUUCGUACCCACACCGGUCAUGGAGCCUGCUUUUGUCAUUCAGCACUUUGCAGGGAAAGUCAAAUACCACAUCAAGGAUUUCCGAGAGAAGAACACAGACCACAUGCGUCCAGAUAUCAUAGCGCUGUUGCGAAGCAGCGAUAGAGCAUUUGUGCGGCAGCUCAUUGGCAUGGACCCAGUGGCCAUGUUCCGAUGGGGCAUCUUGCGAGCUACUAUCAGAGGCCUUGCUGCGUUCAAUGAAGCCGGUCGCUCCUGGGCAGCCAAAACUGCAGGUGUUAUCCGUCCAGCCUCCAGAACUCCUCUAGGCGAACUCAAACGGUCCAAUGCCCCAAUAGAAAGAAUGUACAAACGAGCUUCUAUGUUAGAUUUCUACUUUGAUCACUCAGAGGAGCGUCCUCUAGAGGCCUUUGAAGACAUCUUUGCUAGCUUUGAGAAUAAGAAAGACAUGCAUGCGGAGAUCAUCAGCUCCAUUAAGAACUUGCAGCUGGAUGGGGAGGACCCUCGCAAGCUGCUGCAAUCUUGGGGUCGCCUCCGCUUUCCACGACAAGUCCUCCAGAAAAACAAGACUAUCAAACAGAGGCAGGCCAUCCCCAAGAGUUUGCUAGAUUCGCAGUCGUUGAAAUUCAUCGUAAGUCUGACGCUGCACGAUCGGACGACAAAGUCUCUGCUCCACCUGCACAAGAAGAAAAAGACCCCCAGCAUUAGUGCUCAGUUCCAGAACUCUUUGACGAAACUCUUGGAGACUCUGAACAAAGCAGAGCCUUUCUUCAUUCGUUGUAUCCGCUCCAAUGCUGAGAAGAGGGAGAUGUAUCUGUAUGAGGCCUUGGUGCUCCAGCAGCUGCAUUACACUGGGAUGCUGGAAACUGUUCGCAUCAGGAGGUCAGGCUAUGGAGCAAAGUACACCUUCCAGGAAUUUGUGGAGCAGUUCAGAGUUUUGCUGCCGAAGAACACCUCUGCCUCUAAAGAGGACAUCUUAGAGCUCCUAGAAAAGAAAAUGCAUCUUGACCCCACCACGUACCAGAUAGGCAAAACCAAGGUGUUUCUCAAGGAGCUGGAACGGCAGAAGCUGCAGGACAUGCUGCACAAGGACGUGAUGCGGAAGAUCAUCUUCCUUCAGCGCUGGCUCAGAGCUCGCCUGCAGAGGCAGGAGUUUCUAGACAUGAGGAGGGCAGCCAUCUUGAUCCAGUUAUCUUGGCGUAGGUACUGCAGGAAGGAGCAAAGGCGACAGGCGGCGACUCUGAUCCAGGCAGUGUGGAGAGGGCACAGACAGAGAUCAGAGUACAGCCGAAUAAAACAAGGUGCUACAAAAAUACAAGCCCUGGUCAGGGGGCACUCGGCACGCAGAAGGUGUCAUUCUGUACGUGAGGAGAAACGAAAGAAAGAAGAAGAGGAAGAAAAGGCCCGUAGGCGAGCAGAAGAAGCGAGGAAGAAGAGAGAAGAGGAGGAAGAGGCGAGGAGAAAAGCAGAAGAGGAAGCAAAAAUGAAAAUUGAAGAAGAAGCAAGGAGGAGAGCAGAGGAGGAAGCAGCCAGGAGAGCACAGGAGCAAAGGGAGAAAGAUGAGCACAGAAGAGAACAUGAGCCUCAGACAAGAGAGGAUCCAGAUAUAGAGCUGGUCACAGAGGAGAUGCUGGAUGAAAAUCUCUUUGUUCCGGAAGAAGAGGAGGAGGAGAGACAAGAGGAUGCACAGGAGGACAACACAAGCUUACAUAUAGAUGAGGAACAAGGCAAAGAUGAAGAGCUGGAGGAAGAGGAGCUGGAUUUGGAGACUAACGGUACAUUUAAGGCUAAACCUCAGCAGGAUGAGAAGGAGGAGGAAGGCUUGAAGAACCAAACACCAGGAACACCAGGUUCAGAAUCGGUGCUGCCCUCAGGUGGGAAGGAUAAAAUGACCAGCACUACCUCUGCAUCUCCCCAAGCUGAACAGAAGAGUGUCCAGCCUGUCAUCAACAAACAGUCUUCAUCUAUUAAGAGGGAGGAGAGGAGGCGAAGAGGACUGGAGCACAACAAGAGAGAGACGGAACGAGCUGCCGCCUCCUCCUCUGCAGUCGUCAGCAAAGAUCAGACAUCCCCUCCGAAAAGCAAGAACCAGGAGACAACUAAGCUCAAAGAGCGGUCAGACAGCAAGGAGCUGGACCAGUACACCUUCGUGGCCUGGAAGAUGAAGGAUGACAAGGGAGGAAAGAAGGAGGCAAGAAGUUCUCCUCCCCCUGCCGGUCCCGUCCGACCCUCUACAUUACCCCUGCUACCCCUUGACUCUGCGCAUGAGAAAAAUGGUGACAGUACCGGAGCUGUAAACCUGCAGCGCCGCACUGGAGCUAUAAAGGAGAAACCAGAGAAGUGGAAGGUGAGGAGGAGUAAUGGGGAGAAUUCAAAGGCCACCAGCUCUCCUCCACCUUACAACCGAGAAGAAAGGAUUAAGUCACAUCUGAGUGAAACAUCGUUGCCAUUAAUUGACGGUUUUUCUCCAAGUUUUGAAGGGGCUGGUGCCAUUUCCAUCAAAGAGAUACUUUCCUCCUCAGAAAGUCACAGUGCUGACCUAAAAGAAAGUUUCGUCUCAAAGAAGCAGCAAGGCUUCGGUCCCCAGGAUUCAAUCCACUCCACCGCUUCCACUCCAGACAAGUCAGGUGGAUUCUUCAAGUUUUUGAAGAAACGACCCAAAGAGGCCCAUACUCCAGACAACGAAGAGCUGACAUUUGUUCAUGCUCUCAAUGACAAGUCAGCACCAGGGGAAGCGCCCCCAUCUGGACACCUGUCUCGGACUCUGCCUCAGCCCCACAGUGACCGUGCUGGAAGGAGCUUAGGCCGAAACCCCACCAUAAAGAUCAGUCGAGCCACACGGGUCUCUAAGCAGUGGAACGCCUCGCUGGACAGAGAAAUCAAAAACGCUAAUGAGCUGCGGCACCUCGAUGAGUUUCUGGGCAACCAGGUCAAUGAUUUUCGAUCCAGGGGUAAGCCGCUGUCCAGUACAGAAUCCAUUUUUGUUGAAGCCACCUUGCAGUUCAGAGAGACAAUCAAAUCGAUGUAUUCUGUCCAUAAACCCACCAUCGGCUACAAAGGACUAAUGUCAGGCUACCAAAACAAAGUGAUCCACUUGGCAGGCAGCGCAUACCAAGAAGAUGUCCCACUCGUGGUCAACCUGUUCCAGUCUGUGCUGGAUGGCUUCAUCAGAGGAGAAAUGAAGAAGGAGGAGGCUGAACCUGCCAAGCUUUCCAAAACUAGAAAAAAGAGGAGAAAUAAGCAUAAAAGUGCGGAGUGCUACCUGGAUCAUAUCUUUGUCAACUAUCAGGUCAGCAUUGUACAGUCAUGUGACCAGUGUAGCUCUUACAUCUGGGUCAUGGAGAAAGCCUCAAUGUGCAGCAAUUGUAAGAUGGUGUGCCACAAGAAGUGCCUCUGCAAAAUAAGCGUCGACUGCUCCAACUUUUAUGCCAGAAAGAGUGAUGAGGUCAUCACCGGACAACACUUUAAAGUGUGCGUUUGUCGCCUGGUGAGUGAUAAGAACCCGGUGCCGGUGGUUCUGGAGAUGAUGCUGGAGCAUGUGGAGAUGCACGGCCUCUACACCGAGGGCAUCUAUCGCAAAUCCGGCUCUGCCAAUCGCAUCAAAGAUCUGCACCAGCGGCUAGAAACAGACCCUUAUCAAGUCUGCCUCGAGGACUAUCCCAUCCACACAGUGACCGGCCUGGUGAAGCAGUGGCUCAGGGAGCUGCCCGACCCUCUCAUGACCUUCGCACAUUACAACGACUUCCUUCAUGCAGUCGAACUGCCAGAGAGACAGGAGCAGCUUCAUGCCAUCUAUAAAGUGCUGGAGGAGCUCCCCUCAGCAAACUUCAGCACAUUAGAGCGACUCAUCUUCCACCUUGUCAGGGUCUCUAAAGAAGAAGCUCACAAUCGCAUGUCCCCUAACUCAUUGGCCAUAGUGUUUGCACCAUGUAUUCUGCGUUGCCCUGACACCGCUGACCCGCUGCUCAGCAUGAAGGACGUUGCCAAGACGACAAUGUGUGUAGAGAUGCUCAUCGUUGAGCAGACCAGACGCUACAAUGAGAGGAUGGAGGAGAUCGAGCAGCUGGAGUACGCCGAGGCGCUGGCUGUUAACCAGCUCAAACUCAAGAGAAAAAACACGCACUACCUGCAUUUACCUCUCAGGUACUCGGCUCCUUACAAAGGAGUGGUGAUGCAUGAGAAGGGGGGUUCUGAUCUCAGCGUGGUCCCUGAAAACGAGCCUCUGGACUCGGACACGGAGAACAACCUGGUGGAACGCAUCAAAUCCAUCAAACAGGAAAAAGAUGACCUUGCCGUGCGGCUUCCGGACAUGGAGCAGCCCGGUUCAGACCAAGAGAACUUGGACUCGGAAGCAUCACUAAGCUCCGAGAGCCUCCUGGAUGAACAGCAGCGCUCCUCUGCUCACAGUUCAGAGCCAGAAGGACAAAGUGCUGCCCAGUUGAAGAGACAAAAGCUAGUUUGUGCUCCUAAACCCUCAGAUCUGGCCCAGCGAUCGAAAGAUCCUGCUGGAAGUGUCUCUCUGGCAAAUCUCACCCCUGCUAGCUCCUCUUCGUCUGUGUGUAGCUCUGCCUCCUCAACGUCUGAAUCAUCCAGCGGCUCCCUCAGGCACGUUCUGCAGCGUCGUAAUCCUGUAAUCCCAGACACAGUUAAACUGCCCCCAGGUGUCUCACCCCAGACAGCGACUUCGAACCCCGCUCAGACUCGCACCCCUCCUAUAAUCAGAGACUUCUCGCACUCCGUGAGGAAACGUGAGCUGCGCAUCUGCCGUAAAGACAGCACCCAGUCCCUUUACAUCGACAAGCCAGAAUGUGACUUGUUGCUCCAUUUCUCCUCCUGCCCUCCCUCUGCUUCCUCCUCUUCAUCCUCCAUCUCCAUGGUUAAGCUUUCUUCUCAGAUCCAGCAACCCCAGGGGGAAACCUCCAAGGUGCAGAGACGCUUUUCUGACCCAGACAUCCCCUACAUGGACGGUGAUGCCUGACCAAGCAAAAACCAAAACAAUGAAUUUAUUAAAAAGGCAACAAUGUACAAAUAAAUCCAGAAGUUGAUCCAGAUUUCAGAAGAGGAUAAAAACCGCACACAGGAACAGGACCUGUGAGUGUGAGUGGAACUGAAAAAAACGUGAUAAAUUCACAAAGUCAGACUGAAGUGACGGUGAUCAGCAGCUGUUACAGCUGUUACCAGAGGGAAACUAAUCAGACUUUUGUCGUAUUUGACAGUAAAAUAACUGGACAAGUUAUUGCUAAGCAUCUUUUCUAUCAUUAUAAGAUAUUGCGAUUACAGGCUGCAUCUUCUGUAUCUGCUCAAAGAUUGUUUUUAAAUCUGUAAAACAUGAAAUUAAUGCAGGUUACAGACACAAAUUGUCUUUUUAUUGUUCUCAUAAUGAGCAACAUGUGCUCAACGAAUUGUUUGCCUAGUGCCUUGAUGUUUUCUACGGAGUUGAUUAACUCACUUUUCAUAGCAUAAUUAUUGAACUACUUGUAGAGAGGGGGGUUAAAUAGGUGACUUUAGAUUUCUGUUUGUAGCCCUGAACGGACACAUGUUCAGACCAAGGACCAAAUCCUGCACAUUCUGUUUGAAUUAUCCUUUACCUGCUGCACAACACACACCAUAUAGGAAGUGCUUUCAGUUAGCAAAGGGAAACAGAAGCAGCACUUGCCACUUUCUCCUCCAAAACACCGAAAGCAACACAAACCGUGAUACCACAAUGUUCUUCAAAAGCGCCUCGAAGUCACCCUCCCCGCUGAACGAACGUGAUUUCACUCAGCUGUGGACAGUCUUUACGCUGAGCAAGUUCUGCUGAAGCGCAGCCUCAGCCAACGUUGUAUAAAAUGAAAUGUAAUACUAAUGUUUCUCUGACUGCUGAAUGAUGUUUUAGUUUGGAUUAUGAGGAAGAUGUUCUGAUGUGUAACAGAGUGUAUGUUUGGGACUGAAUGAUACAAGCUGGAAUGGUUAUUGGUAUUAA